AUCCAAGUCCGCAUUACGCGUGCCCGCAGUUCCACCACCACAGCCCAAGUUUAAAAGUCUAAAACCCUAGUUUCCUCUCCUCCAUUUCAUUUUCUCUACUCAAUUCCAAUGAAUCCUCUGUCAAGAUUAAAACCACUAUUUUCAUCAUCAUCAUCCUCAUCACUGAAAACCCUAAACUAUCAAUUCCUUCAACGAUGUUCAGUAAGUGGAACAGCAAAAGGAAAAGCAAAACUCAAAACAGCAGCACCUUUGAAGAGAUCAACAAUCCCUAAGAAGAAAGGUGCAGGAACAGAAAAAGCUGGACCUGGUAGUGGAGGUACAAGGGGUGAAGCAUCUAAACGUCUUAACGAUAUGGUUGAUAGAUGUUUAAAUGCGCCAACUCCGAUUCGUAAAUUAUCAGCAAAAGAAAGAGAAAGAGAAGCUGAAAGAGAGAAAUUAGGGUUAAUGAGUAAAGAUCGACAACGUGAACUCGAGGAAAUCAAAGCAAGAGCUAAGAAGGAUAAUAAAGAACAAAUGAGAGAGAUUAUGGGUACACCUGGGUUGGAUCUUAUUUCAUUAGGUUUAGUUGAUGCUGAGAAAAUACCAAAGUAUGAAUUGACUGUUGAAGAUGGUAGGAGAUUAGCUAAAGAGUAUAGUAGAGUGUUAAUGAGAAAGCAUCGUGCCAGACAAGCUGCAGAAUCUACGAUUUUGAAAUUGAAGAAGGCAGCAAUUGAAGCAUUGCCGGAUCAUUUGAAGGAAGCUGCAAUGGUUCCGGAUUUAACUCCGUUUCCUGCGAAUCGGUUUAUGGCUACUUUGACACCACCAAUUGAAGGUUACAUUGAAAAUGUUAAUGAGGCGGCUAAAAGGAAUAUGGGAGUCAAGAAGCUUAGAUGAUUUGAGGCUACUUUUGAUAUUCUCCAAAAGACAUACGGGUUCUUGACUCCAGAUUUCUGGAAGGAAACUCAGCUUUACCAGAUCCUCUUUUCAAGAGUGCACUGACCUGUUGGCAAAGCCCACAAAAGCAAUCACUUUUGAAUAAGUCCAGGCUUAAAUGGUUCCAAAGAUGAGAGAAUCAAGGAGUGUCAGUCUUUAGCGUAUGUUUUUGGAUUACAUGUCAUCUGGUUUUGUUUUACGCCCUUAAAUGGUGUUGCUGGACAUAAAGAUUUUGGAGACUAAAGCCAUUUAAACUUGAGAACUUCCUUGGAUAUAGUUUUGAAAUAUGAUAUCUGUUUGAUUCUCUUUACCA